ACUUACUUCGCAAAUAAUAGUAUAGAUCAUGCUUUAUCUUAGUUUUUAAACCUACAACCAAAAAACUAAAUCUAUAGCAAAAACAUACAAAAUAUGGUUGUAAAAAUUUUAUUUUCUAAAGCCCCAUCUUUUUAGUUGUAGAAAAUUUUAAAACCACAUUUCUUAAAGAUAAAUCAAAAAAUUCAACAGACUAAAUUCUAAAGUAAAUUUUUUACAGUUACAGUCCAACCAAUUAUCCCCUAAAUUUUCCAAAAGAGGAUUAUAUGCUUUGUUUAUCGUGUUAUCUUUGGUGACCUUUUGAGUAUCUCCUAUAUAUUAAUUGAGUAUCUUUAAAAAUAAUUAGAACCCUGGAGUAUUACCAUCAACACCCUGCUUUCUCCUCGCCGUAAUAAGAUUGAUUCCUGCCUGCUUCGGCUGGCUUUUCAAGGAUCAAUCUACUCACUGUGGAGAGAACGCAAUGGUCGGAAACAUAACAACUCUUGGAACUCCCCGGCUCAGCUUGUGCGAUUGCUAGACAGAACCAUACGGAACAGAAUCUCCUCCCUUCGCGGCAGGAACCCUGAGUUUAGUAGCCUCCUUAUGCAAAGAUGGCUGGGAAAGAAUUAAAAUGAUGGAACUGCAAUAGCUCUUCCAAAAUUUCAGUAUUGUAAACAUUUUUUCUUUUGUUGAUAUAUAAAUUUAACAUUUCAAAAAAAAAAUAAAAAUAAAAAUAAUUAGAACCUUAAUUUUGUAUUAAUUAAAAAGAAAUCUCAUUCUAUGUGGUACUUCUAAAUAUCUUCUAAAUCAUAUUUCUAAGAAUUCUAGAGCACCUAAUAUAAACCAUAGUUUAAUAUAAAGCUGUCACAUAUUUCAAUAAUAUAAUGUUAUCUAUUCUUUCUUUAAAUUAAGAAUCAAACUUUGCAGAAUCGUCUAAAAGAGGCUCUUGAUCAGAAUGCAAAAAAUCAUUCCGGUGCUACAACAGUGGCGGCAACAGGGUAAUCAAAUUGACCCUUCUCACGUGAGAGUCAUCAUCAAAAAGCUUCGUGAAUCCGACCAAGCCCUCCAGGUUCCAUUCUUUAUAUAUACUCUGCUCAACUUUACGUUGAAACAUUGAUGACGUCUUAUUAUGGUGAUGAUGUCGUUAGGUAUCAGAGUGGAUGUUAGAUAAUGUUGUUGGCUUAGAAGAAGCAGAGAAGUGCUUCGAAAGUAUACCACAUAGCGCGAGAGACGGUUCUUUCUACACUAGUCUGCUAACCUUAUACAAACGAUCGGACAAGACUCUGUGUAAAGCCGAAGCCACGUUCAAGAAAAUGAGGGAGUUAGGUCUUCUCACGAGUCCUUCUCCUUACAAUGCAAUGAUGUCUCUUUACGGUGCUCUAAAUAAUCGAGAUAAAGCCGAUGAGCUUUUCCGUGAGAUGCAAGGUAAUAACGUGGCGCCCGACAGCGUCACUCUGGACCACGUGUCAAAGCUAUACGCCGCUGUGCCUGGCGUGACGCCGAUGGAGAAGACCUUAACUGCGUGGGAAGAAAAUAGUGGGAACUGGCGCACUCUUGAGUGGCUCAUUACUCUUGACAUGGCAAAGGCUCACAAGAAGGCGAUAAAAUUGCUCACUUUAACCGAGAAAUUACUGGUUGACCCCAAGUCGUUUAAACAAGCUUACGAGCUUCUCACGAAGCUGUAUGGUGAAGCUGAAAAGAAAGAAGAGGUGCUACGUAUAUGGAACCUUUGCAAUGAGAACACAGAACCGUACUGUGAUAACAAUGACUAUCUAACUGUGGUUCGUUCACUCUUAAAGCUAGACGCUAUCACUGAGGCGGAAGAGAUUUACAAAGUGUGGGAAUAUUUGCCUCUUGAGUUUGAUAUCCGGAUCCCAACAGCGUUGGCCUCUGGUUAUCGAGAGAGAGGAAUGGUUGAUGAAGCUGAGAAACUUAUGAAAAGUUUAAUAAAGAACAUAAGAAUGAAGAGACCGAUCAACCCCCUUUUGGACCAAUGGGGGAGUAGAAUGAGAGUGUCUGAACUCAAAUGCCUCAUCAAGAAUCUUCAUGAUUCUAAUCAGUUUUCUAAAGCACUUCAGGUUUGUUGAUUACAGAUUCACCCUUCUACAUGUAACCUCUUUUUUUUUGAACUUGUGCU